CCAAAAGUUGGGGUGAAGUUUCCUAUCCGGACCCAGCCCACCCUCGCUUACCCCUGUCCCGUUCCCAUGUUAUCGUAAUGAACAUCUGGUCAUGGAGAAUUGGUGUAGGAGUGUGUAGAGACCUAAAACGAGAUGGAGAACCCAUCACAGAUAAUGGAGACCGUAGAACAGCUUGUGUCCUUUAACCACAUCCACGUCCAGCUUCUAGGAGGUGCUCCAUGGGGAUUCACGUUAAAAGGGGGACUUGAGCACGGCGAGCCGCUUAUCAUAACUAAAAUAGAGGAUGGAGGUAAGGCAGCCCAGACCAAGAAGCUGAGAGUGGGAGAUGAGCUGAUCAACAUCAAUGGCUCUCCGCUUUACGGAUCACGUCAGGAGGCACUUAUCCUUAUCAAGGGCUCCUACCGCACUCUCAAGAUCAUCGUCCGCAGACGCAGUGUGCCUUGCCGUAGGCCCCACUCGUGGCAUCUGGCCAAGCAGGCAGAGCCCCUGAGUGUGACUGGCACUUCCACUAGCCCUUCGGACAUGCAGCUCCACCCUGCCCACUUCCCCACACUUUGGCAUUCCAGCAACAAUAAUAGUGAUCUGUCUAUGCAGUGGAGGCCUCUCUCACGACACCACAGCAAUUCAGGGGGCAGCAUGGAGAGUCUCGAGACCCCGCCCCCACCCAGCCAGAGUUACUUUGAUAGCCAACUGUCACCGGUCGACCCAGCUAUUUUCAACAACAAGAGAGAUUCCGCCUACAGUUCCUUUUCUGCCAGUUCUAACACUUCAGACUAUACAGUGUCCCUGAGACCUGACGUUUCCAGCUCAAUGGACAAUAUCCUGCAGGGCCUGGGUCCAGGCCGCUCAGAGCUGCGACCACCCUCCUCGGCCAGUGGUCCAGGAGACCUGCAGGAAGAACCUGGAAGUCUCAAAUCGAGGUUGGCCUUUCUCAGGCCUGAGGCAAAGACCAGGCCUUCGUCGUACAGCUACGAGGAUGAGCACAGAGGACCCCCACAGCCCCCGGCAAGAAAGGACAGCUUCAGGGCCACCAGAGCCCGGCCAGGGGUAUUAGACAAACGCUGCACGUCUGCCCCCGUGGGUAUUCCUACCCCACCUAGCUGCCUGGUGGAGGAUCAGCAGCGAAGACACACAAUUUCUGAGGAAGGAAAUGGUUUUGAAAAUGGAAAAAUAGGAAGAUGGAAGGAUUCUAAAGGUAGCAGUUUAGAACCAUACUACAUCAUCACCUCAGACACAGAACCUUGUGCACACCAGGGUCAGGUUGAAGAAAGCAAGAACAACUUCCAAGAGAAUCACCUUCAAAAUCUGCAGAAGGGAGCACCCAGUCCAAUGCCCCGAUUAACAGAGAGCCUAACGGCAGGAAGUGUCACUGAAAACCCCCUAGAUGUCCAGUUUAAGCCAGAGAACAACCAUUUAUUUGGCUCUCACCAAUACAGUCCCACUGAGAAUCUGCCAGCUCCCCAGGUCCAACUGCUUGAGUUCUGUGACAAUCAAAGUGACAGGCCUUUGUUGGACCAUAGCAGGUGGUCACAGCCACUCUUGCCACCACCAGUGGAGCAGGGAGACCCUAGUAGCCCAGAUUCCAUAUCUACAAACAAGUGGAGUGAAAGCAGGUGUUCCACACCAGGGUCUAGUGAUGUCCCCAGGUGGGUGAAGCCAAGUGUAGACACAGAAGUCCUGAAUGCAUCAGUUCCCCCGCAGCACGUCUGGGGCCGCUCCGUAAGUGUACCAGGUGAACAGGUGAAUGGAUUCCCCAGCUCUGCGAGAUCAGCGUCAUCCUACUCACCUGCGUUAGAACAGCAAUUUCAGCCUAUUAGUUCCGCUGUCAGUAUGGAUGCCAUGCUGGAAGAAUGCCACGAAAACAAGGAUAGAGGAAAACGAGAUGAAGUCGAAGAAAUCCUGAAGCCAUAUCAAAAGUCCAGUGCCGCGAGGCAAUUGCGGUCGUCAAAGUCGCGCCGUCGCAACGAGCGCUUUGCUACCAACCUCCGCAAUGAGAUCCAACGCAAGAAGGCGGAGCUGCAGAAGAGCCGAAGCCCUGUUGGGUUGUUGGAUUGUGGAGAGACCGUAAAGGAGGAGGAGAGCAGUGAUUUCCUGCUAGAGAGAGAAGAAACCCUCAAGAGAGGAGACAUUCUGAUACCAUCAUCAGAGAGACAGCCAUCAGAUUAUCCGGGUAACCCUCAUGUGAGCCACUCGGGACAUGAGGAGUUCCCUUCUUCAGAGCAGCUCAGCAAACAACUAGUCUCAACCUCCAGCCAUCCCACUGCCAUCUCCCACCAGCCGUUAGUGUCUCCCCCUCGUCACCAAAGACCUUCAGGGCUUGACGCAGCCUGCAUUGUUGAGCACCUGCCCCCUAAACUGGAUUAUGGGAGGAAGACGGAGGAGGAAGUGACCGGUGCCAGUAAGGCCCGGCGUUGGCGUUGGGCCCCAGGGAGCAAGCUCCAGCCUGAGACGGAUCUGGCUGAAAAGAGACGGGUAAAGGGGGAAGUGCCGUCACCCCCAAGCCAUAGCGCUGCACCUCCGAGAACAAACCCACCCCCUAUUGGCCGCUCAUCCAGCCGAACAGUUGAGAGUGACAUCCUCCCGUUCGCUGACCGCAGGAAGUUUUUUGAGGAGACUAGCCGCAAUCUAAGUCAUUCCGUCUCAAAUCUCUCAAGGAUGAACAUGCCGCCGCAAAAAACAGAGAGGCAGUGGUGUCAGCCCAAUACGUCUUCUCUGGAUCCAGCUAGACCGUCAUCUCAGCUAGCCUUCAGAAGGUUCUCCUACCAGGGAGGCCUCCAACAGGAUGGGCUUUACAGACCAACUGGGGAGAACCGAAUGGAUAACAGAAGGCAAUUUGUAAACGAAAGCCAAGAGAGGAAUAGAGGAAGAGAUAGAGCAUGUGAUAGUGUCGAGGAAAAUGAUCUGGAGAAACUGAGGGAGGCUGCCAGAGAGAAGGUGAGGGAGUUGGAGAAGUUAAGAGAGAUGGAAAGAGAGAUGGAGCUAGAACAAGAAAGAAAAAGAGAAAAAGAGAUUCAAUCAGAGCUUCUGCAGAGGGAAUGGGCGAAGGAAAGAGAGCUUGUCAGUAAAAUAGACCGUUUACAGCUGACUGACAAACACCCAGAGCACAUAAACACAUACAACGAAGAGAAGUGGGAAAUGGAAGGUGAAUCUCCGUGGCGUGACCACGGUUUUUACGGUGACUCUGCAGCAAAACCUGUGAUUCAGGACUACCGCCACAGACCACACCAUAGUCAGUCCCUGCAACCAUCCCACUGUUAUCAAACCAAUGGCCAUGCAGAUUCUGACAACAUUUGCUCUGCCUUUAACCCAGUGGGUGUUCCAGUUCACUCAAACACCCAGAGUACACCACCUCAAUACACCCAGACUACACCACCUCAAUACACCCAGACUACACCGCCUCAAAACACCCAGACUACACCGCCUCAAUACACCCAGAGUACACCGCCUCAAUACACCCUGAGAAGCUACACUCCCCCAGAGGCAUAUCCUGUUAGUGAGCGGGAACAAACAAAACUAAACAGGAAGUUCAGCUUGACUGAGAGGGACUACGCACAGUGCAGGCAGGACAGGCUUGCAAAUGGUGUUGUUUACCAGGGGUACCAUGGGCAGAGGAGGAACAGGGUUCCUGUUAGCAGCAAGUCCGAUUGCUUUUUUACUUCACCGCUUCGCAGUCGUGCGAUGUCUGAAAACAACCUCAGUGUGGAUCAGUGGUCCUCUUAUAGGGGAGGAAUGUCCAAAUCGCCUGUCUUAAAAGAGGAGGAAGGCAGAGCUUUCUUAACUCUACCCAAACAGAAAGCUUCGCCCCCACCUCGCCCUCCUCCUCCAAAAUGGGACCAGUUCUAUCGACGGAGGGCUUCCCAUCACAGUCUCUUCCCAUCGUCCACUCCGGCCCUGUCCUCAGCCCUGCACUCCCAGCCAGAGGUCAGCCCCUCCUCACACCUGAGCGCUCCUGAGGUGACCAGACAACGGGCGUACAGUUUGCCGCCAAGGGAAGGUCCAGUCAGCUGCCAUCCCUGUCAGGAGCGUCCUCCUCCAGCCCCGUUCAGCAACAACCACUCACAAAGAUCCUUCAGACCAGUGGUCCCGGCCCCGAAGGAGAAAGUCACACCGUUUAUUCCACCUGAGCAGUGCACCCGAUUAUUUGAUGCUGGAACGCAGGAAGAUCAAAGUCCGCCGACAGUCCUGAAGCCUGCAUCUUGGAAACACAGGGGAACUGCAGAGUGGGACUGCAGCGCAACACAGGAACACUUCAGCAGGGACAGCAGUCCAGGACUGCCACCUGGUGCAUCAAUACAUAAGGACAAUAACACCUAUGAAAGGGAGCUUACGCCAGAGUCUUACCUCACUAUGGACCACCUGUUGCCCCAGCAACAGCAGCAUCAUCAACAGAGAAGAGGGUCUGGUACCCCACAGCUAUGCUACAGGCAGCAGGAGCCCCCCAAAACAUGCACUGAGCCUGCUAGACAGGAACCAGAUGCCCCCAUUGAGACAGACAUCGAUGAACUGUCUGAAGGGGAGACUCUGGAGGACUGUAAAAAGCCAGAGCUCCAGGGGGAGAUGCAAUGCUUUGCAUGCCCCAUAACUGUGCUGGAGACAGACGUGGAUGCACUUGCACAGACGGAGGCCCCAGAGGUAGAGGCGAGGAUGGGUCCAAAGACAUCUCCAGCGGAACACCUUCCUCUGGAGCGCAGUGGAGACACACUUGAGAGGUUGUCUGGGCCCAGUUCAGAUGGAAUGCAGCCCCAUGGCACCACAUAUUACAGAAAGUCUGCUGCUAAUACCCAGCUAUUCAACCAAAUGAACGCAUCCCUGAACAUGAGCAACAUUGAAGAUGAGGAGCUCAACUACAAACGACAGCUGAUGGAGAGUUUGCGUAAGAAGUUAAGUGUGCUGCUGGAGGCACAGCGAGGCUUGCAGGAGGACGUCCGAGCCAACGUCCAGCUGGGAGAGGAGAUCGAGGCUCUGGUGAUGACCGUUUGUAAGCCCAAUGAGGUGGACAAGUUCCGUAUGUUCAUCGGUGAUCUGGAGAAGGUGGUGAGCCUGCGACUGUCACUCUCAGGCAGGCUACUGCGCGUGGAGAGUGCCCUAGACUGCCUAGGUGUGGAGACAGGCCACCACGAGAGGCUCCCCCUACUGGAGAAAAAGCAGCAACUGCUGCUGCAGCUGGGAGAAGCCCAGGAGCUGAAGGAGCACGUGGACCGACGGGAAGAGGCAGUAGGGCGCGUGCUGGGCGGCUGCCUCACCCCGGAGCAACUGCGCGACUACAAACACUUUGUGAAGAUGAAGGCCGCCCUCCUGGUGGAGCAGAGGCAGCUGGACGACAAAAUCCGUCUGGGAGAGGAACAGCUCCGGGGCCUGCGGGAGAGUCUGGGCCCGGGGGGAGUGCUGGACUAUGGGCAUUAGUUGAGGUUAAGACAGUGGUCAGGUCAGAGGUCAAAGGUCAGGUAGGACAGGAUGCAGGAGACAUCCGCAGGUUAAUCAGAAAGGUGUGAAAUGAAGAGUACUUAGCUCCUCAAGGACACUAUAUGUUAUCCUUUCACAUUUGCUUUUGCAUUUUGUGCCUUUUUCCACAGGAUUUGUUUGCAAAUAUUGCCGUACAUGAAUUACCGGUAAGCGUGUCCCAAGAACACUGUACAUGGCACACAGUAGUUGACUUAUAUGAGUUCUCUGUAAGGUGUGCACCCAGAGAUACUAAAUGUUAUAACCAAAGACAAUUAGUGAGAUAUAGUUUGGUUGUGUAUGUCCUUCUGAUCUAAAUUGAAGGUGUCUUAAUGCACUGCUAUUUAUUUAUUUAUAACUGUUGGCUGAGUAGCCAACAGAAACUUGUAUGCUAAGAAAUUAUACAAGGCAAGUUUAUUUAUAGUGCAUUUCAUACACAGAGGAAAUUCAAUGUGCUUUGCAAAUAAAAGCAAAGAACUAAGAGAGAACAAAGAAAACUGGCAACAGCCUGAGCAUCUAUGAUACCAUCCAGAAGUUGGCUCCCGAGCUGAACUGAGAACAGUGUUAUAAGGAAGAAUGUUCUGAAUUUUCUGCACAUUCACUACAAGCCCCUUAACAAAAGUAAGCAGACAAUGGCUGUUGGAUCAAGUGCAAAAGGCCACUGCUGCUGUUUAUCACAAUUAUGAAUUAUGUAAUUUGCUGUUUGAGCUGGUAUAAGAAACCCUUGCAGUGAGUUAGUCACUGUUUCUGAGAUAUUCUGUAGACCGUUUAAAAAAUAAAAAAAAAGAUGUUGUUCACUGGUUCAAUACAACAUGUAGCAUGCUUGCCAUGUAUGACCCAUAACCACAUCAGGAUUACUACUCCCGUCAAACCCCAUUGAGAUUAAUUCCAUUUGUGGACUAUCGGCAUUGGCCUGCAUGGACUAAACAAAGUCAACUGUUAAACAGCUAGAGUGGUGUUGUGAAAAAAAAAAUGCUAUCUGGUCCAACAGUCACUUUGUAAGAUUAGAAGUUCCCAAAUGUUUUAAAUCAACAAUAAUGUCAAGAGUUUGUGGAUUAUUAUAUGGAUAAUUGUGCUUUGUAGUUUAUUGUGUUAUUUUUUUUAAUUGCUGGCAAUUAUUUAAUUUUUGUGCAAAUGUUAUAUAGGAUCAAACUUCAUGACUAAAGAGGACCAGAUUGAAACCGCACAGUCAUGGAUUGCAAAGACAAACUGGAGUCUGUUCUAUGUAAGAGAUCUCUCUACAUAAGAGAGGCCAGAGACACUAACAAGCCAUGGGCAUCUUCAUGUCACUCAUAAUUCAUUUUGUCUGUAUGAUUGAUGUGUCGCUGUUGUGGUCUUGGUUUGUCUCUAAAUUGCUUAUACAUUCUUGAAAUGCCUUUCCGCUCAUCUGGAACUAGACUCAAUUCUUUGCCUCGUUCAUGAAAGCACCCUAUACCCUGCUGUCAUUGAAAUGUCAAGGGGUGAUUAAAUGUAGUUCGAGACUUAGCCAAACCAAAGCCCUGCCAUAACAUUUUUGUCUGAAUCAUCCAGAACACUAACAGUUUCAAUAACUGACCCAUUCAGAUGUAAUUUUUAUGGAUACAUUACAACUAUUGCUUAAGAAACUGAAAAGACUGAGAUAGUUGCUGCUAUAACUAAUGUGCUCUGUUGUGUAAUAUUAGUCCAAAAUUCAAAGGAAGGAAUGGCCUUGAUUUGUGUCUUGUUGGUGUAUGACCCUACAAGGUUUUUAUUAUGUACAUACUCUGUACCAUUUGUUUGUAUAAUUACACUGUAACAUAUCUUGUUAACAACUGGAAAAUCUUGUUGAUUGGACAACAUUAUGAUUAAUGCAUGUGUGUCAUUUUCUCCAGCAAGGAAUAUCUUUGUAUCAAUAAAAAUCUAAAUGUGUCCACAACAGUAACAUUAUUCAAUUUUAUUAAGUAAUUAAUCUUUCAGUACCAUAUAUAUAUAUAUAUAUAUGCUGGAAAGCAAGUUUGCAGGUUUUAUGCUCUUGAAAACGUGCAUCUCCCAACUCUAAAGUGUCUGUUCCUUUCUUACUGGUGAACUCAAGUCAGAGAUCGCAACACCUAGUAAUGCUUUUGCUUAAAAUAUACAGCAAUGCCAUUAAUUAUAUGAAGUGCAGCGGUGAAACUUUUGUAUUAGCUAAAAUAUUUGUCAAUAUCUGACUUAAUUAUGAUGAAGUGACUUGAACCCAUACAUCUUUUAAGAAAUUACUGUUAGAGUGAUACUAUACUCAUUAAACUCACUCAUCUCAA